CCGCUCCAAAUCUUUGGAUUACAGUGUUCCAAUCACUUCCAUGGCCACAGGUGUAAAAAAUCAAACACCUAGGCUUGCAGACUGCUUCUACAAACAUUUGUGAAAGAAUGGGAUGCUUUCAGGAGCUCAGUGAAUUCAAGCGUGGUACCGUGAUAGGUUGUCACCUGUGCAAUAAGUCCAUCCGUGAAAUUUUCGGAUGCAGUAAGAUACUGCUUAGUGAAUUGUGCCCAGUGAGCCUCUCACCGGGCCCCCUACUGACUCCGGUCCCUCGGGCAAUGCCCAAAUGGUCAGCCCACCCCUGAACACAAGGGACAUUUCUUACCCUCAGUGAGAUGUGUCCCUCGUGCUGAACCAGCCUAGCUUAGCAGAAAACUUCCUCUUCUGAUGAGCCCAAC